CUUGAUAUAUACUUGGUUAAUCGAGUGGAAAGUGUCGCUGUGCAGAAACCAACUAACACGCUCAGCAGGAGAUCUGUCAGUCCGAAUAAAAAGUGUCUCUGAGACACAGGAGCUUCUCUGGAGUCGGUGGGGCUACAAAACUUCUAAAUAUGACCGAGCUCAGGCACCGUGGAGCCGAAGCACCGAUACAAACACAGUCGUCAGAGGACAAGGGUUCAGACAGCGAGCUGAGGCUGGAGAAAGAUGGAGCGUCAGAUGGAGAGUCGAAGGGGGACUCAGGACUCGCCGAGGUGCCGGCCCCUGCUGAUGACACCCCAGAGGUUUUAAACAAGGCCCUCUCUGGACUCUCCUCAAGGUGGAGGAACUGGUGGGUCCGAGGCAUCCUCACGCUAGCCAUGAUCUCCUUCUUCUUCCUCAUCAUCUACCUGGGCCCCAUAGUGCUUAUGAUGAUUGUCCUCUUUGUUCAGAUAAAGUGCUUCCAGGAAAUCAUCACCAUUGGCUACAGUGUGUACCACUCCUACCACCUGCCCUGGUUCAGGACGUUGAGCUGGUACUUCCUGCUGUGUGUCAACUACUUCUUCUAUGGUGAAACCGUGACGGACUGCUUCUUCACUCUGGUGCAAAGAGAGGAGCCGCUUCGCAUCCUCAGCAAAUACCACAGAUUUAUUUCCUUUGCCCUCUACCUCACAGGUUUCUGCAUGUUUGUGCUGAGCUUGGUGAAGAAGCACUACCGCCUGCAGUUCUACAUGUUUGGUUGGACUCAUGUGACUCUGCUGAUCGUGGUGACUCAGUCUCACUUCAUCAUUCACAACCUGUUUGAGGGGAUGAUCUGGUUCAUUGUGCCAAUUUCCUGUGUGAUCUGUAACGACAUUAUGGCCUACAUGUUUGGUUUCUUCUUCGGGCGCACCCCUCUCAUCAAGCUUUCCCCUAAGAAGACAUGGGAGGGAUUCAUCGGUGGAUUGUUCUCCACCAUAGUCUUCGGCAUCAUGCUCUCCUACGUGAUGUCCGGCUGGCGUUACUUCGUCUGCCCGGUGGAGUUCAACAACGACUCCAACCGGUUCCAGGUGGACUGCGAGCCGUCGGAGCUUUUCCAGCUGCAGGACUACACCCUGCCCUCCUUCCUGGUGUCCUUCACCGGAUGGACCACGGUGCGUCUGUAUCCGUUCCAGAUCCACAGCAUCGCUCUCUCCUCCUUCGCCUCCAUCAUGGGACCCUUCGGAGGAUUCUUCGCCAGCGGCUUCAAGAGAGCCUUCAAGAUCAAAGAUUUUGCCAACACGAUCCCGGGUCACGGUGGCAUUAUGGACCGGUUCGACUGCCAGUACCUCAUGGCCACAUUUGUUAACGUCUACAUUGCCAGCUUCAUCAGGGGCCCUAACCCCAGCAAGGUGAUCCAGCAGCUCCUGGCUCUGCGCAUCGACCAGCAGCUCCACAUCUUCAACUCCCUGAAGGCUCACCUGAUGGAGAAGGGUUUCCUGCCGGCGCUGGAGGACGUCAUGGCUUAGACACCCCCCCCCACCCCACACCCACUGUGGCUCACCCUGAGGGGGAGAAGAGAGAGGAGGGUAGCACCCCGAGGACCCCCUGCUGACCCGGGACACUGGCAGUGAUUUGUGUGUGAGCGUAAAACACAUCAGAGAAAAAAGAAAAAUGACAAAAAAAUUCAGCUUUUGUUCAUUCCACGUCAUUUGGUCUGGGAGUCCAGUGUUUGUGAGUUACUGCACUGUCACACAUUUCUGUUAUGGAUGACUUGUAUUAAAAAUGUUGGUCAGAUAGACAUGUCUACCUGCAUAUCCUCUAUAUACCUAUUAAUGUGUGUUUUUCAGUUUUAAUGCACUGCUCUCAACACUCACUGUACUGUAUUGUUACCCCCCCUCCUCCUCCACAGAUUUUAAGUUUCUCUGUCGUGAUUGUUUAUAUUUAUACAUAGAUGUUUUUUAUAUUUGUUCUAUUAUAUCUAAAUGUCGUGUUUUAUUCAGACUGAAUUCACCUUUGCCAUUCGCCACGUGCAUUUAUAUGUGAGUUUGUUUCUGUUUUUCCUGUUUUUGGUGCCAUUCAUCAUUUCAUAAAAGAGACAUUGACAUAAUUUCAUCAUGUAUUAACACAAAAUAAUGUCCUGAGAAGAAUAGCUAAGUGUUGUCAGUGUCAGUGUUUGACAGGAUCAGUUACAGAUACAAUCCUCCAUACAAGAAUAGUGUUUUAUUUUGAAUGCAGGUGCGACUGACACCAGCACCCUCUCAGAAUAAUGGUCAAUAAUUUGCAGAAAAGCUCUCAGAAUACAAUCAUGAUUUUGUUGAAUUGGCUUAUUCUCUGUUACAUAGUUUUAAUCUCUGACAAAGAGCUGUUUUACCACAUAUUUUGUAAGGUGGUGGGAUUGUUGCAUCUGUCUGUUACAUUAGUAGAAACAAUAAUGGUUUCUACAAUGCCAAUAUCUGCUUCUUUAUGUUGUAAUGUUAGCAGCUUCAGGGCAGAAAUACAGAUUAUAUACAGAAUAUGUUUAUCACUGGUGGACUUGUGUGUGUGUGACAGCAGCUGUGCCAGAUGUGACCUGAUUGCCAAUUCAAGAGGUUUUACAGAAAGGACCAUUUGAUAUUUAUAUCAGUGGCAAAUGUUCGCUUCAUUUGGUGGUUCAAAUAUAAAAGAUUCUCUAAUGUUGAGUUCAUUUUGUUAUGUUUUCUUAAGGGGAAGCACCCCAGGUAAAAAAGGGGAACAAAUUGGAAUUUCUUGCGUUAUGUUCUUUUUAUUGUGCUAAAUCAAUAGCCUCACUGGCAUUUAGACCUUUGAAGUUUAAAUUAGUCGUAACUAACUCAAAAGCAACUGAUGUACAACAUAUUUUCUUGCAUUUUAGAAAUGUCCGUAUGACUUUACGUUGGUAUUUAUAAAGAAAGGUAAAGCAGUUUUGGCUUGUGCUUCAAACUUCCACAAAGGCCAAAUACUGGUACAAAGUAAUAUUGCUAAGUACAUCAACAAAUGGUCACAUCUUUCUGGGUUAUUUUGGGAACAAACAUCUGUAUUCAGUGUACGUGGGUCCAACUCUGGUUGGAUAAAGAUAAAGGCUCUUAUAUGUCACCAUAUUCAUCCAAUCACAUCAGGUUGUCCAUCAUGUCUCUUCAGAUUCAACCUUUCCUUUCCAUCCAAACAGAGAAUAUAUAAUUGAUCCUCGUCAGUGAAAGCCAAAUGAAGUACCUUAUGUGUAAAUGUAACCCUGGCUAUAAAAAUUCUGUGUUUAUUUGUAAAGGACAAAACAGCAAUAUGAACAAUCAUAUAGCAGUCAGUGUAGCAGAAAUGUGAAGUUAAGUAUCUAAAUGCUAUUCUUAAAAAAAACAGCUUACGUUUGUGCUAUUAUCUGUGACUGCUUCACGUAGUCCUUUUGGAAAUAAUUUGCCAUUUUAAAUAUCCAUUUUAUUGGGUUCUGUCCUCAGAAAAAGCUGUAUAUUUUUAAGCAAUUUACUCACUUUUUUGUAACAACAUUUGCUUCAUUAUGGCAAUCAAUUUCUAAAAUAAAUAAUUAAUGUAUAGACUCUUCAUUUUCCCCAUUUUCGACUGUCACUCCAUCAUUUCAUUAACUUUUCUUAACUUCUUAAAGUAUUUAUUUACUGUGAGAAAACCUUUUCAAAGUGACUAUAUUGUACAUUUAAGAAGAUGUUUAGAAACGGUGUUCUUCAGUAUUUUUGGUUAGAGGAAUAUUUAAAUGAUUGCCAUAUAGGAGAGCGUAUGGAGAUAGCAGCAAAGUAUUUUUCUGUCUUUUUUUCUUGCUCUGACUUCAGUGCAGUUGGGUGUUUUUUAGGCUGUUCCACUGUAACUGUAAUUAAAGCAUUGUCUCCAGAAAUGA